AUGGAAGCUCAUGAUGUCUCAGAUCUGGUUAUUGUGCUGGCUGACGACAAGAUAUUUGGCAGAAAGAAGGUGGUGAGCAUCUGCCGGGAGGCCGUGGCUUGUGGUCCUACAAGAUCCGUUUCUGCUGGAAACCACAGCAAAUUCGUUUCGUUUCAGGGCGUGAUUCUGCCAAUGCUCAGGGUCAUCUGUCAGCCCGAGUUUUUCAAUAACCCGGCCUCAAGUAAAGUCAACAUAACCCUAGCAGCAAUCGUUGAGGUGGAAGGUUUUCAGGAGUACCUCAUCAGCUGCAUGCGACUCCUCACCCAACGCGGGAUGAUCUGCGAUCUAUCACGGGACGACGACGAUAUCAACGACUGGGACGCGGCAUUCCACGCCAUCAUCAGCUUCUUCAACCUCACCAUGGAUCGCUUCUAUUCCUUAUUCGACGCGGCACAAGCCAGCGCCGACAUGCAGGAGGUGGAAGGGAUGCUUGAGAAGUGGCAGAGGGAGAAGCCGGUGUUUGAUGGGAAAUACCACAGCAUUCGGUCGGUGAUCCACCGGCUGAGGAAGUCGCUGGAUAGGCGCCAGCACAGUGAGAGGCAGCGGCAGAGGAUGGAGGAAGGGCAGCUUCUGCAUGCUGAGUUCAACCCUCCAGGUCAGCGCCUGUCCAGCAUGCAGGAUGUGGAUGGUCCGGGCGAGCUCAGCUUGGAUGGCCGCCCCCGGCAUGACAACGACCAUCUUGAAAUCUCAGCUAUUUCGGUGGCGCCAACAAUGGAGGAGGUGCUGUGCAAGGCGUCCCUGUAUCUGCCGCACAACCACCCCAACGAGCCGCACCACCUGCCAGCGGGCUCUGUAGCCCGCCACGUGGACAUACACUUCCGCUUGCUCCGCCACGAUUUGAUUGCGCCCCUCUGGAGCAAGGCGCUCUUCCUCUUCCACCACCUCAACCACGAAUCCUCCCGGGAUGCUUGUGGCAGGGGGAGUAGCAGCAGGAACAGCGGCGGCGGCGGUGGUGGUGGUGGUGGUAGAGGCGGCAGCAGGGAGGAGGCGAUGGGGCUUCUGAGGGCGGACAGGGAGUUGGUGAGGGGUCUGACGGAGGAUAUGAAGGGCGUGGUGGGGUUUCCGUCAGAGGACAUGGAUGUGUAUUUGCUACGGGAUGUGCGCGUGCUGUCUGUUGUCGCGGACAGGAAGUGCGGCGUGUACUUUCUAAUAGACUUUUUGGAACCUCCCAUGCCUCGGGGCCGGCAUUCUCGUAGCAGCAGGGUGGAUUUCUGGGACAACACGAGGAGGCUGCAGAACGGCUCCCUGGUCUGCCUGUGGAUCCGAGACAAUCAGUCCGGUCAUACUCACCCUCACACUCACACUCACAGGCAGCAACAGCCGCAGCAACAGCAAAUCCCCGCCCCGAGGGACACUCACUCUUCAGCAAGUGAUUCCUCCUCCCACCGGCUAAUCUUCGCGACCAUCACAGCCCGCGAGACAAGGAGGCUUGCCACUGCCAGGCCACAGAUCGGCGUGCAGCCGUGCGGAGGCAACGGGUUCAGUGCAGACCUGCUGGGGCUGAUCGCACAGGACGGCAACGGGGGGAGUGGCGGGAGUGGCAGGAGGACGCAGGUGGUGAUGCUGGAGGCGCAUGGGAGCUUCUUCGCGUAUGAGCCGAUUCUGAAGGCGCUGCAGAGCAUUACUGACACGUCGCUGCCGUUUUCUGAGUACAUCUGUGGGGCAGCUGGAGAGGCACCUGGUGGGGCACCUGGGAGGGCACCUGGAGCGUAUAAGCUGCCUGCGUACAUCAAAGGGGGGAUGAUGUACGACCUGGGCCUGCUGCUCAAGACCAAGCCGCCCUCCACCUCCCAGCAGGCAGAGACUGCUCCAGAGGACGAGUUUGCCAUCAGGAACGUGAUGAUCGGCAGCCCCACGGCAUUCCCCAUGGAUGCUCUCCUGCGCUGCACAUCUCUGGACGAGCCCCAGACUGUGGCACUCCAUGCUGCUCUCACGCAGGAGUUCGCUCUGCUGCAGGGGCCCCCGGGAACUGGCAAGACGUUUGUGGGGAUAAAGCUUGUGGAGCUUCUGCUGAGCAAUGCUCUCAAGAAGAGCACUUCGUUAGGAGGACUGUUUGCUCGAGGCAGGGAGGUGGCCAGGUCAGCAGGGCCCAUCCUGUGCGUGUGCUUCACCAACCACGCUCUGGAUCAGUUCCUGGAAGGCCUCAUUGCCAGUGGCAUCAAUAACGUGGUGCGCGUUGGAGGAAGGAGCAAGUCGGAGAUUCUGCAAGAGUACAACCUUUGCGAGAUCAUCCAUAACUCUGGCCCGCUGCGCAGCAAAACAUGCAGGCAAUCGAACUACGAGGUGAAAGUCAAGCUGGGCGAGGUGGAGGAGGUGAUAGGCACGUACAGCGACGCCCUGCAGCAGCGCAGUGACAACGUGGCGGCUGUGGCAUGGGGCUCCAUCGCCCGCCACCUCAUGGCCAACCACCCUGUCUUCUUCCACGCACUCAACCCCACCAGCAAGGCAGAUGCUGAAGGCUUCAAGUUUGGGGAAGGGUGGGAUAUAAGCAGUGUGAGGGAUGGGGGAGUGAGUGCGGAGCUAAGUGAGAUUGUCGGGUUGAUGGGUUCGUACUUCGAUGGUGGUGGCAGUGGUGGUGGGUAUUCAGUGACAGGCACGGGACUUGACAGCUCGUGGCUGAGCCUUGCUCCCUCAAGGGGAGUGAGAGGAGCAGGAGGUGCAGGAGAUGCAGGGGCAGGAGGCUCAGGAGGGGCGGGAGUGUUUCCUGAGAAGGAGGAUCUGUCACACGCGUUCAAUGACUUGAGUAUUCACGAUGGCAUGCGACGUGAAGGCGGCAUGGGAAAGCUCGGGAGCAUGGGGAAGGUGAUGGAGGAGGAAUUGGUGGAGGAGGAGGUGGUGGAGGAGGUGGUGGAGGAGGAGGUGUGGGCGGGACCGGAAGUGGACGAGGCGAGUGAUCGGGGGGUGGAUGAGCUGUUGGGGGUGGAGGACCCGUGGGCGACAAGUGGGAGGGAGAGGAGGAAGCUGGUGGAGUUCUGGGUGGGGGAGCUGCGCGCCACUGCCACUGCUGCCAUUGAGGCCGAGGUGGCGAAUUAUGCCAGGGCGAUGAGGGAGCGCAGCGAGCUACGGCAGGUGGAGGACCUACAGGUGCUGAGGAGGGCGCAGGUGGUGGGGAUGACCACGUCCGGGGUGGCUAAGAUGCAGAGCCUCAUCACGGCACUCGGCCCGCGAGUCAUCAUCGUGGAGGAGGCUGCUGAGGUUUUAGAAGCCCACAUCCUGACCUCGCUCACACCGCAGACUCAGCAUGUUAUUCUCAUAGGUGACCACCUGCAGCUGAGGCCCAAGGUGGAGGUGUACGAGCUGAGCAAGGACUCCAGAAGGGGCUUCGACCUGGACGUCUCGCUUUUCGAACGCCUGGCCCACUCUAAGCAGAUCCCCGUGUACACCCUCGCCACGCAGCGCCGCAUGCGCCCUGAAAUUGCUGACCUCAUCCGCUACACCAUCUACCCGGAUCUCAGGGACCACCCGUUUGUCCAAAGGUACCCAGACGUGAGGGGCAUGGCAGCGAAUCUGCACUUCUGGGACCACAACUUCCCUGAAACUGGCGGGGACGACCUGAGGGAGGGCAAGUCCAAGUCCAACGCGGGCGAGGCAGCCAUGGUGGUGGCCCUCGCCACGUACCUGCUGCAGCAGGGGUACGCAGGAGGGGAAGUCACCAUCCUCACGCCGUAUGUCGGGCAGCUGCUGAAGCUGCGUCAGGCGCUUUCCCAGGUGGUGAACGUGCGCCUGGGGGAGGGGGAUGCGGAGGUGGUGGAGGAGGCAGAGGAGAAGGCGGCUGCUAGGGAAGGUGCAGCCGAGGGAGAGGCUGCUGGGGCCGGAGAGGCGGCGAAGGGGGUGGGGAGUUCAGUGGCGAAGGGGAAGGGGUUGGGGCUGGAGUUGGGUGCGCCUAAAGUGACCACAGCAAAUCUGAAGGAUGCAGUUCGGCUGGCCACUGUUGACAACUUCCAGGGUGAGGAGAGCACGGUGAUCAUCAUCUCUCUCGUACGGAACAACGUGGACGGCAAGAUUGGGUUCCUCAAGAGCCCCAACCGCACCAACGUGCUGCUGUCCCGCGCGAAACAUGGCAUGUACAUCAUCGGCAAUGCCAGCACCAUGAAGGCCGCUACAUCUAAGUCGGUCCUCUGGCCGAGAAUCAUGGACAUGCUGGAGAGCAGGGGGCGCGUUCAGAAGUUCAUCCCGCUGCGCUGUGUGAACCAUCCGGACACGGUGACGCACAUUGAGAGAGCGGGCGAGUUCAAGGAGAAGGCCAGCGAGGGCGGGUGUUCUCAAAUGUGCGGCUUCCGCCUCACACGCUGUGGCCACACUUGUCCUCGCAGAUGCCACAGCGAUGACAGGGCUCAUGCCAAUGCGUUCUGCCCCAAGGAGUGCAACCGCAUUCGCCCUCUGGAGGAGUGUCCGCACCAGCACACGUGCCCCAAGCAGUGUGGGGAGGCCUGUGGGCCCUGCCUCGUCACCACCAGGGAAGUCACACUCCCCUGCGGCCAUCAGGCCUUCAACGUUCCCUGCUUCAAGGCUCAGAAUCCCACCUCCAUCUUCUGCUCGAUACUGGUGGAGGUGACGAUGCCCCUGUGCGGCCACAAGCAGACAGUCAAGUGCGGUGAGGCCGCCACCAGAGUAGCCAACCCCAAGCUCUGCACCGCUCGCUGCGGUGCGUUCUGCACGGUUGAAGGGUGUGGAGAGGAGCAGAAGAGGGAGAUGACAGUGGAUCUAGUCACACUGGAGACGCUAGGGGAGAUGGAUCCUGACGAGAGCCCUGUGCUGGUGCUGCCAUGCGGUCAUGCCUACACAGUGGAGACUUUAGAUGGCCAUCUGGGUCUGAACCAGGUGUACCAAGAGGCAGAAGGUGGGUCUGCUGGUGGCAGCAGUACGUCUGGAGGCGGGGCAGGAGGCGGAGCAGGAGGCGGGGCAGGAGGCGGGGCUGGUGGUAGGUCAGAAGCAGCUGCAGCUGCACCCAAGUGGGUGGCAGUGCUGCCGUUUGACGAUGGCGGUCUGUCCGCCCUCAAGGGCUGCCCGGAGUGCCGCCAGCCAAUCACAGGGCUGCGCCGGUACGGCAGGAUGGUGAACAAGGCGCUGCUGGACGAAUCAGAGCGCAAGUUCGCCCUCAGCUGCAUGGCCGACCAGCAGCACCUCCAGCAGAAGCUGUCUGAACUAAGCCAGGCUGUAUCUGCGUGUCCGGAAGCUGCCCAAUCCUGGCAUGUGCAACAGUUAGCUCGGGCUGCGACGUUUCUGAUAAUGCAGGCAAGCAACGUGCGAGACACUGCUAUGAACCCGCCAACCCAGCGGACGUACCAGGCUUCGGUAGCUGCUCUGCAGAGGAAGCACUUCCACUUGGGAGUUUCGUCAUCCAGAGGUGAUUCUGAUUUGCUUGCAUGGGAAGAGGAGUGCCAUUUGUUGUAUGUGCCUCAGCCGGACCCGCGGCCCCUCUGCGAAGCCCUCCUGCUGCUGGGGAAAGCGUUUCAGCUGCUCAUGACUGCCAAUUUCCUCCCGCUGCGCUACCUGCUGAAAGAACUCCGGAAUCUGGCUCGUCCGAAUGCUCGUCCGAAUGCUGGUCAAAAUGAUGGUCAGGCUGACAAGAACAGCACUGGCAGAGCAGCGUUCUUGGCCGGGUGGGUGGAAAAUUUCAGGGCAGUUGUGCGUAUCGGGUUGAGGAACGCAGAGAGGCAUGCGGGGGAGGCGGUGGAGUGGGCUGGCAGGCGCAAGGCGCAUCGGCUGGAGGCGAGAGGGAGGCUGGAGCUGGUGGAUGUGUACCGUGCGUUCGUGGAGGGGAUGAUGGCGGAGCGCCUGCUCUCUACUUCGCCUGCUGGCUUGGACGCAUCAAAGGAGCAGCAGCUGGAGUAUCUCGAGAAAGCCAAGACUCAGUGUCACAUGGUGGCCUCCCACCACUUAGCCUCAGUCAGAGAGAACGACAGCCUCGGGGGGAGCGCCCGGAGAAUGCUCGAGAAGGACUUGCGUGAUCUGGAGCAAUCCGUUCGCGAGGAACCCCGGUACUUUGCAGUGACUGAGCGCGAGAAGGAGGAUAUUUUCAAGGCGAUUGGCUUGGGAGGGGGUCACUGGUACCGGUGCCGCAACGGGCAUGUGUAUGCCAUAGGGGAGUGUGGGGGUGCGAUGGAAGAGUCGAGCUGCCCUGAGUGUGGGGAGGUGGUGGGUGGGACGAGCCAUAGGCUUCGAGAAGGGAAUGCCCCUGCCACUGGCUUCUUUAACAGGGUUUGA